UGUUCCCCCUCAUGUCCUUGUCGGUGAUUGUUUAUUGUAAGUGCAUGUGUGCGUCGGGUUAUGUUACCCAUUGAUUUUUAUUAUUAUGUUUUCCGGUGUUUUUUUUGUAAUUAAACUGCGCCGUUGGAAACAGUUAUUUCUCUCCUACUUCUGACUUCUCUGCCACCGGUUAAAGAGCCUUACACUCACAUACUCUGGUAGUGACUGUCCAGUCUAUAUUUGGAGCGGUUUUUCGUGGAGCAGUUGGAAAGGACGUGGAGAGCAAGGAGCUCUGGUAGUGACUGUCCAGUCUAUAUUUGGAGCUAUGACGGUAACUCCACAUUUUGUAUCUAACUUUAUAUGUAACUCCACAUUUUGACUGUAACUCCACAUCCAUGUAUUCCAACACAGACAACUGCACAGAUGCCAUGACGUGUGUGAAGGAGAUCUUUGGGCCUGUAAUGUCAGUGAUGCCCUUUGACACCGAAGAGGAAGUGCUGAAGAGGGCCAACAACACUACAUUCGGCCUGGUUUCUGGAGUCUUCACCAAGGAUAUAUCCCAGGCCCACCGGAUGGCUGAGAACCUGCAGGCUGGAACCUGCUUCAUCAACAACUACAACAUCAGCCCUGUGGAAGUACCCUUCGGAGGGUUCAAGCAGUGUUGUGGGAAGGUUUUGGCAGGGAGAACGGCCAGGUGA